AGCACGCGGCAUCUUUUUGGCGGCCAUCACAACGAAGAACUGAAAGUCGCAAGCUAAAACGCAUACCUUAAUGUGUUGACAAAAAACGCGCAUUUAGAUUUAAAUUAAGCGAAACCAAACAAUUUGAAAAUGUCUGCAAGCGCUGCACGAGUUUACAUUCAAGUAGAAAGCGAGGCCGAGCAGCAGGAGCAUCUAAAGCAACAACGCAAGACACUAAAGCCAAUUCAGGCUAGCGCCAACGCCAACGACAAGGAGAAUCUAACGGGACGCGUCUCCAUCGUGGAUCAUCUCAGUCGUUUAAAGGCCGGCGUCAAUACAACGCCCAAAUAUGGCAAACGCAAAUGUGUCGAUACAGCGGCCACAACAACAACAAUAACCACACAGGAUGCCGAUACACAGACCGAAGACUGUGCAUCCAUCAGCGAUGCAGAUAAGCCAAUCACAGCGGCUGAUCUGACCAGCGAAAGCGAACCGGGUGAGAACUACUACAAACUGCUAUCGGAGCAGCGACGCGUUGCCCUCGAGGAGACACUCAACGAGAAUCGCCAUUUGCACGAACGCAUCGAGGGACUCGAAGAGGAGAUGAAAACGAUGCGGCAAGAGCUGGACGAGGCUAAAACUCUGGUGGAGGUGCUCAAAGAGAUAUGCGACGAGAAUGAUGGCGAUGACGAACAGACGCACUCAGAGGAUCAACACGAAUAGUUACACAAACAGCUAAAUAAAUAAAUAAAUACAUUUAUUA